AUGGAUCGAGAGAAAAUAUUUAAGGAAGUGUUUGAACCUAUUAGUCUCAAUCCAAUACUUAAGAGUUCUGACCAGUCUUCUCAAAAUGAAGUGAAAAGAGCCAUUUCGGAACUCAGGCUUGGUAUUGGACUGUACAGAAGUUUUGACCAUGCUUCUCGAAAUGAAGAGAAAAGAGCCUUGGCAGAACUGAGGCUUGGUGUUGGACCAUAUAGCUCUGGCUCUAAAAGAAGGCAAGAGGAUGAUUUAGAUUCGAACGGUGCAGUGGUUGCAAAAACAAGGCACCAAGCACAUGGCAAAAAGUUGAGAAGAAAUGAGCUUAAUGAGCAUUUUCAAGAGUUGGGAAAUAUACUAGAUACAGAUUCAGUUAGGCUCAAGAAUGACGAGGCAACGAUCGUUAUCAGCCCAAUCCAAGCACUGAAAGAUUUAGCUUCUGAAGUCAGCAGACUACAGUCUGAACAAGCAGCAAUUCUUCAAGAUAUUAAAAAGCUUGCAAAGGAGAACAAAGAGUUAAGAGAAAAGACUUCUCUGCAAUUUGAUGUUGGGGCUUUUGAAGUGCAACGCCAGCAAAGACAUAGAUCCAUGUUUCCAAGAUCUGCAAUUGAUCCUUCAGCUGUCAUGGCUUGUGCAUUUUCAUAUCCAGUUGCUCAAUCUGUCUCCUCUGGUCCAUAUCCAAGGCAUACUCCAUCUCUGCAUCCAAAGCCCUUUUUGGCAAAUCAAUCUGCUGUCCCAUCUGAUCCUGGUGUGAUGAUGAUCCUGCGUUCAGCUGCUGCAACUCCGCACAUCAAUAAGCCAUCUUCCAGGAAUGCUUCAACACCUUGCAUUUUUGGCAAGGAAAUUGCCAGAAAUGGAUCAUCUGGUCAAGACAGAAGUGGUAAUGGUGAGAAAAGUGGUGAUAUUCCUGAUAUGGUAACUGAUUUGGAGCUUGCAAUUCCAGGAUCUACAGCUCAGAAGCCAUUGCCUCGAGACAAGGGCAAGCGACCACUGAGGGACUAG